GAACAAUGACGUCGGCCAGAGAGCGCAAAACCUGUCUGUUCUCAUUUACCACAUCAAAUCAUACUACCAGGAGACCCUGCAUCAGCUGAUUAUGACACCUCCUCCCAAUGUUCUGCUGCUGGGCAAGAACCCGGUCUGUGAGGAAGGUCUAGAAGAGAUCAGGAAGUUGCUGCUACUGUUGCUUGGCUGUGCAGUGCAGUGUGAAAGAAAAGAGGAGUAUAUCGAGAAGAUACAAAGUCUUCAUUUUGACACAAAAGCAGCAAUCGCAGCUCAUAUCCAAGAGGUGACUCAAUGUCAGGAGAACGUGUUUGAUCUGCAUUGGUUGGAGAUGGAGGGUCUGUGUCCAGAGGAAUGGGAAAAUCUCUGCAGAAGUAUGAGCAUUAACCUCAAAAUGUUAGUGGACCAGCGAGACCGGCAAUUUGAGGCCAUCGUGGAGCUGAUGCAGGGGAAAGAGACGAUAAAGUCUGUAGUGUUUGGUGAUGACUCCUCCCUCACAGAGUCCGCCAGCAGCCGGCUCCCUUUAUCCCAGCAGCAUCUGGCACUAGAGCUGACGGACGCUAAAGCCAAGAUCAAACGCCUCAGACAGGAGCUAGAGGAGAAAAGUGAACAGCUCUUAGACUGCAGGCAGGACCUGGACAAUGUGGAGGCGGAGCUUAAAAGACUUCAGCAAGAGAACAUGCAGCUGUUGACAGAUGCACGAGCAGCCAGGAUGUACCGUGAUGAGCUGGAUGCAAUGAAAGAAAGAGCCAUCAGAGCAGACAAACUGGAGGGUGAAGUGGCUCGCUACCGAGAUAAACUUCACAACAUGAACUUUUAUAAAGUCAAACUGGAGGAGCUGAAGGAGGAUAAUCAGGUGUUGAUGGAAAGUAAGGCCAUGCUGGAGGAAGAGCUACAGAGCGUCAAAGCACGAUCUGACAAACUGCACCAGCUGGAGAAACACAACCUCCUACUAGAAUCAAAACUUCAUGACAUGGAAGAGGAAAGUACUGUGGACAGAAGACGAAUAGAGGAGCUGCUGGAAAGGAACGUCAUCCUGGAGCUCUCUCAGAAAAGGAGUAUGGAAGAAUCACAACGUUUGGGCUGGGAGCUAGAACUUGCCAAGAACCCUCAACAGAAUUCAGAGCUGAAGUCUUUGGGCCAAGAGGUAACUGAAAAGACAUGUAGCAGGUUGCUAAAACUGGAGAAAGAGAACCAGAGGUUGUUGAAGACCCUGGAAGAACUUCAAGGAACCAGUCAUUCAUUGGAUGAGUUCAUCUCUGAAUCUAAACAUAUUGAGGAAAAUGGGAGGAUGGACAUAGUAGACUCUAAGAUUCAAAAAUCUACUCCAGCAUUUGCCAACAUGCACAACGACCGAAUUAUCAUUAAGACCAGCAAUCAGUCCCUUGACACAGAACACCUGCAUGCAUCUUUGGAAAGUACUAACGGCAAUCUUCAUUGCCUUGAAGUAGAGCUCCAUGAAUUGGAGACUGAGAACCAGAGGCCUCAAGUCAAUUUCAACCAAAACCAAGGACAAGUAGACAUAGUAAACCAAGGUCUAGUGCAUGAGAAUGGACAACUGGAGCAAGAUAAGAGUUGUCUGGUGAAGGAGAAUCGGAGAUUGCGGCAGCAAGUGAAGAUCCAGGAGGCCUCAUUGGAUAGUAGCAACCUGAAGUUGGUGGUUCUUGAGAAGGAGAACCGUACCCUGGUUAAAAAGAUUAACUAUCUUAGUGAAUCCUGUGCUAAGAACAAAGAGCUUGAGAUGGAAAACCAGGAGCUGAUUCAACAGACUGGAGUGGACAAGAGGAUGAUGAUGACAUUAAGAGAGGAGCUGCUGGACCAGAGGUUGAAAUUGCAACAGAAAGAAUCUGAUCUUGAGAAAUUGGCUUAUGAACUAGAGAGGAUGAGGUUAAACCAGGAGACACGAAUGGGAGAUCACGAGGCUGGAGACCAGAGUCUCAGUCAGUGUAAGCAGUUGGAGUCAGAGCUGGAGUCUUCUCUAAUGAAAUCCCUGAAGAUUAAGAAAGAGAGAAUGGCUGCCCUCGAGGCCCGUCUGCAAGAAUCGGCCAAGAUAAACCAGCAAUUGCGACAGGAUCUUAAAACUGUCAAACAGAACUAUGAGGCAUUGCUUCAGAGAGAUGAGGAGGAAAAGGCAGGACAAUGUUCUCCACCAGAGUGGACAUGGCACCGAGAGAGUCAGGAGGCCACGUGGGCAUUGCUUAAGCUCAAGGAUCGACUCAUUGAGGUGGAGAGAAAUAAUGCAACUUUGCAGGCUGAGAAACAGUCAUUGCAAACACAACUGCAGACAUUGCAGGUGCAGUCAGAUGGGUUGCAGGCACAAAUAAUUGCAUUACAGCAGCAGACGGCUUCGUUGCAGGAAAGCAACACAGCACUGCAGACACACAAUGCACAACUGCAGGUAGAGAAGUCCACUGUAACUUCCCAGAAUUCCUCUCUGAUGGCUCAUAAUGCACAGCUACAGCGGAAACGGCAGAGUUCGGAGGCUGAGAGGGAGGGCGCGAUACGGGAGAGAGAAGAUCUGCGCACCGUUAAUGAGCUUCUUCUCCGGGACCACGAGAGACUGAGCGUCCUGCAUGAGAGACAGGCAGCAGAGAUGGAGGUGCUCUCUCACAGGUACUCCACGAUGGAGAACAGUCACCGAACCCUGGAGAUAGAGCACCGAUCACUGGAGGACAGGUAUAACACGCUACUUCAGCAGCGCGCUCAGCUGGAGGGGUUAGAGAGAGCUCUCAGAGAAGAACAGCAGAAGAUGCAGAAUGAGAUAUGCACAAGCAGGACCACAACAGCAGAGUGCCAAAGACUCCGAGAUGAGAAAGACUGGCUGAAUCAAACCUACCAGAAGCUGUUGGCAGAGAAUGAGGAACUUCAAGUUGAGCACAAGAGCAUAAAGAGCCAGUUGAACUCCCGCAAACUGGAGCAGACACAGCUGGAGUCAGAGCUGUCCAAACUCAAGCAGCAGAACCAGCUGCUGGAAAUCACCAGCAUUAAACUGACCAACCAGUGUGAGUUGCUGACCCAGCUGAAGGCGAACUUGGAGGAAGAGAACCGACACUUGCUGGACCAGAUCCAGAGCCUGAUGCUGCAGAACCGAACCCUGCUAGAUCAGACCAUGGAGAGCAAGGACUUGUUCCAUGUGGAGCAGAGACAAUAUAUAGACAAACUGAAUGAACUCAGAAGGCAGAAAGAAAAGCUGGAAGAGAAAAUCAUGGAUCAGUACAAGUUCUAUGACCCGUCACCACCACGCAGACGGGGCAACUGGAUAACGCUGAAGAUGAGGAAGUUGAUGAAGACGAGGACUCGAGAUCAGGAGCAUGUUCGUUCCUCAACUCCCCAGCUCCGCUCAGAGUCAUGUGAGGGUCUGGAUGACCUGCGCUGCAACGACAACGGCUCCUCUAUGGGUUCCCAGGGCUCUGAGGAAUCUGCUUCCAGCUCCCUUAAUGGUGACAGCGUGUCCCCUAAGAGGAGCAGCACCAUGAAUGACCUGCUGCAGUCAGAGGGAUGUUUGGAUGAGGACUCUGGGAAGCAGGAAGAUCAGCCAGAAGAGCAAAUAAUGCAGCACGCCAUUGCCAUUUCAAAAAAACACUCCACAUCAUCAUCAUCAUCAUUUCAUCACUACUCUUCCAUAGACAAUCAUACAAUAAUCUGUAAUCAAGGUAAAGAUUUUCAAGGAGACACAAUUCCACCAAGGCUUGCAAAUGGCACUGAAGGCCAAGAUAAUGGCCUGAAUGGCAAAUCGAGUCGCGCCCCAAGCGCGAGCAGUGGCGAGUUCAGCAUAAGCCUGGAGAACGAGGCCUGGUCCAGUGAUAGCAGCCCCCUUCCGGAUCCACUCUCGUCCAGCCGGCAACGAUUCAGUGACUCCCCUUCCCCAGCCAGACCCAACCAUGAGGAUCUCAGGCAGGGCUACAGCUCCUCAGGGAGUGGUGUACGCAGAACCAGCAGUGGAAAAUCCGCUGGAGAACGUUCAGUCCAAAAGCUGGACAAAGCAAGCAUUGGAUUGUAUAAAACUCAGAGUGUGCAAAGUACAGAGUCUGAGUCUAAACCUGCUCUUGAGACUCAGGGGAAGUCCUCCUCCGUAUCGGGGUGUUUGAACUGCUUUGCCACGCCAAUGCGAAGCCCUAAAACAGGCCAGGCUCUGUCCACUCUGCCCCGCGCCAGCUGUGUCAUCUCAACGUCAGAGGGCAACAGUCGACGUGCCAGUGUCCAUAGCACUAUGUCAGUGAAGUCAGCGGGAGCGGUGUCGAGUAAGAAUGGUGCUGAACCUCAGCCUGAUCCCAGUGAUGAGGUAUUAAAAGAAAGCCCUGACUUGGAAGAGGAAGACCACAAACCAGAACAGCUUUUUGAUUCACCAUUCACCAUUGAUUCGGUCUUCACAAACACAAUUUUCAGUGAGUGAAGUUGAAAUGAUACCAGUUAGAAAAGGUUCCACGUAAACCCCUUUACUGAAAUCAUACCAGAAUCAUAUAAAUACGAACAUCUUAUUCUGACCAUGUGAAAGGCAACUAUGCACUAUGAUUAUGCCAUCUCUGAGGUGAAUUCAGGCAUAAUCAGUCAGGAAGCCAAACAAUCCUCGUCCUUGAACAAUCCUCAACUACGGUCCUUAAGUUUUCUUGGUUGACACAUGUAUAUUUUUUCCCCUAUCACUCCAUAUUUUGUCUCCUAAUCUUUAUUGUUUGCAUUUAAACUAUUUGGUAACUGAUCCCAAGUUUUGUUUUUUUUGUUUUUUUUCAAAUUCCAUGCAUGAAGGUUAAAGGUAAAAAAUGAAAAUUAAAUACAAGUGUCCCUUUGAGCAUGUAGCAUCAAAACUGCUGUGGUUCAUUUGUUCUGACUACUGUAUAUUAAAGUCUUUUUCCUUUUUUUGCAGUAUAGAAGAGCAGUAUUUUUUAGCUAAAAUGCACCUUGUGUUUGUUAAAAACCAGUUAAUAUCUCAGAGUACCUGUGUAUCUUGCUUAAGUUUCAUCAUGUUUUCCUUCUAACGUAAUAAAACCUGUUUGUUUG